AUGGGCAUCAAGGGACCCGAAGUCCAUGAGACUCGGCUUCUCGGAGGCCAAGAUGGCUCACCUGAGAAGCAGAGUCGAAAGACUUGGUCGCCCUUCGUGUUCCAUAGCUCACGAGACAGCGAGUGCAGUCUUGAUUCAGUUCACAAACACGGGUGGAAGCCAUUGACUCUCAGUGCUCCUGUGCUUUUCUCCUUCGCCUUUGCGUCCUUCCUUCUUGCAGUCAUCGUUGAGAUACUGGCACAACAGAGCCAAGCCAAAGGAGGACUGGCACUUUCCGAAUCCGCAGAUGACAUACCGCCGUUAGCAAACUUCUGUUACUUGUUUCUACCUACGAUUGUUGCCGUUAUCUAUAGUCUGCUAUGGAGCUGGAUUGAUCUCGACGUAAAGCGCAUGCAGCCCUGGUUGGAGAUGUCAAAGCCGGAGGGUGCCGAUGCCGACCACUCAGUAUUUCUCGAUUAUCCCUACGACUUCAUUGCCUUUGUCCCUAUGAAGGCAGCCAGGAGACGGCAUUGGCCAGUAUUCUACGGAGGAACGGUAAUGGUCAUCAUCUUUUGGCUGAUUACCCCGUUGCAGAGUGCCAUACUUGGAACAGGACCUGUCGAUGUCCAGAGACUGAUCAACACCACGACAUCUGAGAAGACAAUUCCAUCUUCAGAGCAACCAUUCAUCCUGGAUCAGUCUCUCCUCAAUGAAGGCUAUGCCAUCACUUGGUUGAAUCAGUCCCUACCGCCUUUCACAGCACCUGAGUAUACCCUCUUACCUUUCGCAGCUGACACGGAGCGGGAGCAUACACCUACGACCAAUUGGACAGGUAGUACGACCAAGUUUUGGACCCAGCUAGAGUGCUGGCCAGGCGACAUCUCACAUCAUGGCUCCGAGUUGAAAAAGACCUACGAUUUCAGCAACGGUCGAGGUUGCAAUGCCAGCGACAUCGAUGUUUACGGCUACACUAGCGACACAAUGCCAUACAAAAUGCUCUAUGUUGGCUACCAGAACAGUGCAUGGGCUGAUUACUAUCUGGAGAGGGACGAUACUUGCCCUCCAAGCGCGGCCGGUCACCAAUUCUUGUCCAUGUGGUCGCGGUACAAUGCAACCUCAAAAGAGAUCAAGAUAGCGUCAGCUUUCUGCGAGACGAGCUACUUCAAACAGCAGGUCAACGUCACUGUGUCUUCAGCCGACCAGGCCCCGAUAGAAGGCUCCUUGAUAUCUAUUGGUCCGCGUGAACGCCUACCAGGGACGGAAUUCAACUUCACUGCUUUUGAGCAUCUUCUGGGAGUCGGAGUCUCAUCAGUGGAGGGGACGGCGAGGCGGGAGUAUCCUUUUCAAGGUAUCCUGCUCGAGCAUUAUCAACAAGUCGAGGACUUAGGCAUCAGCUGGCCCAUGUCACCGAUGGUAGGGUUCGCCAUCGCUGCUCAGAAUAGGACACCAUUGGAAUCGUUCAAAAACGAGGCUGUCAUGGGAGAUGCAUACAACACGACACACAAGAUGCUGUUUUCCCUCGCGCUUCGACGUGUUCUGGCCAAUGACACCUUAACAGUCACAAGUGAAGGAAGUGUCGAGUUUGUGCUUCAUGGCAUCAUCGUCAGCCGCCUGUUUUCCGCCAUCGUCGAAGGCUUCCUAGUUCUCGUUGGAAUUUUCACUUUCCUCAUUUGGUGGCAUAGUUUCCGAGCUGAGAGCAGGUUGACCAUGGACCCAGCUUCACUGGGAUCACUAAUCAGCCUUUGCCAGAACAGUACGGUUCUUCUCGAUCGAUUUGCUGGAAAGGGGGCUGUAUCCGAAGACACACUCAAGAAGGCUUUCAGAGACCAGAGGUUCAAGCUGUUGUGUGGCUGUCAGAGCCGCACGAGACAGAUGGUUAUCAAGGUCGUCGACGUCAGAGAUGAGCCUACUGAAGGUCAACGCAUCAGUCUCACCCAGCCCGAAGCCCCUUUCUCGGUUGGUCACUACUCACCGGUGAAACCCUUGGCACUUAGGCGCGGAGUUGGUUUGGCCGUGAUAGUGACCAUGAUUAGCGCAGUCGUUGCGCUCGUCUAUCUGAAGUUGGAGGAGAAAAGGAACCGAGGGCUCAUUCGGCCGACGACAAACUUUGAGGUCCUCCAAAUCUUGGAAAAUUACGUCCCGACGAUUUUUGCGACGUUUCUCGAGCCCUUUUGGGUGCUUGUUAACCGACUCCUUUGCAUCAUUCAGCCGUUCCGAGAUUUAUGGACCGGUCGAAAGACUGCAGGCGGAUCCAUCAACGCAAGGUACACCUCUGUGCCUCCUCAGCUGGCCUUGUGGCGCGCAGCAAAGUCUGGCCACUUCAUGCUCAUGGCGAUCUGUGUCUUGGCUCUCCUUUCGAACCUGCUCGCUGUCGGCCUCGGUGGUCUCUUCAACGAGUUUCCAGUGGUAAUCGAGAGCACACAGGAUUUUCAGCAAACUCUUAGGCCGCAGCUGAACAACACGUCAAUUUACUCCAGUGAGACGAGCAGGCUCUUUGCUAGCAGCGUCGCAGCUUACGCGGUGCCCUUCUACAUUACAAUGAACAACAUCUCGCAAGGUACACCUCUACCCGCCUGGAUUACCCAUGACUACUUCUUCCAGCCGUUUACUCUUGGCCCCGGGGGAAAAGGUACGAGCGACAGCUAUACGGCGAGAACAAGAGGGUUCGGCUUGAACCCGUCCUGCUCCUCCAUAGGCACUUUCGAAUCAACAGUCAAAGCACCCGUUAUCAACUACACGUACAUCAGAAACGGUGAAGCUGUUCCUGACUGUCCCACCACUCACCAGGCUUACUCGUUCGACUUCAAUAGCACAAUACACCCAGCGUUGGAUGGAGAAUGCGCAGCUGAAGACGUUAGGAUGUUUGGCGACAGCUACAGUCUAGUUCCCUGCAAUGUCGCGUUCAGCAUGGGUUGGGGAAGGGCCCCGAACAUCACGAACAAGGAGGAUGGACAGAUGGAAUCUACUUUUGUCGUUUGCGAGCCGACCUUCACGACAGCAUUGUUUGACGUCACGGUAGAUCGCGAAGGUCACGUUUACCACUCCGUCUUGGCAUCGGAGCCAUCGCCGACUCUGGAUUACCCCCUGUCCACCAACCACACCGAUGCGAUUGCGGUUUUGCUCAAUAAGAUCUUCUUCAAGGACCAUUUGGCAUGGCACAACGACAGCCUGUCCUUGGACUGGUUCAACUACCUGAUAAAGAUCUCCGACCCCGACAGCCACGUCCUCGACCCCAACGUCUUCCCGAACGCGACCGCCCUCGCACCGACCGUCGAACGAGUAUACCGACAGCUCUACGUCCUCAUGCUGGGCCUGAACCACUUUCUCUUUGACGAGUACCAGGAGCCCAUCACCAUCACGGGCGUCCAGCGCAAGACCGAGACGCGCAUCUUCAUGGACGCGACCGCGUUCACCAUCAGCCUCGUUGUGCUCGGCAUCAACAUCCUCGUCGCCGCAGCGCUCUACGGCUUCUCUAUCAAGCACUUCCUCCCACGCAUGCCGACGACCAUUGGCUCCAUCCUGGCCUACGUAGCGCCGAGCAGGGCGGUACGUGAGUACGACGGGCCCGAGAGCCUACAGGCCGCGACAUUCAGUUUCGGACGGUACGUCGGCGACGACGGGCGAGCGAACGUGGGCAUCGAUCUCGAUCCGUUCGUGGUCCCGGUCAAGCUUUCUUCGCUGAGGAAGGGAGACACACAACCGAGGAAAGGAUUGCUGAGUCGAGUGAUGGGCAGGGGAGGUGAGAAGCGCGGGGAUACCUGGUUAUAG